AUGGCUGUCCCUUUUUCCAAUACAACAUUAAGAGUUCCACAUGGUUUUCCAAAUUUAUUGGAAGGUUUCGCGAGGGAAGUUCUGAGAAAACAACCAAAAGAUAUCCAUAGUUUCGGUGCUACAUAUUUCGAAGAGUUACUUCGAAAAAGAGAAGAAACAAAGACUGAAGAUGUGGCUCAAAUUGGUGCAAAACUUGAUGAUCGGUAUUAUAACAGCAAAGCGUUCUAUAGUGGUGCGUGUAGCAUUAAUAAUCCUGAACAUCAAGAAGCUGCUGUACGCAUUCAAGCAGAAUAUCGUAGACAUUUAGCUAGUCAAGAGACUGAACAUUUACGUGAAGAAGAUGCAGCAAUCAAAAUUCAAGCAGGUUAUCGCGGCUACAGGGAUAGGAAAUUAGUUCAUAUAAUGAAAGGAGAAGAACCUGAUAUGGAUUAUUAUAUUAGAAAACAAAUAAAGAAGGAAGAAGAUGAAGAAGAGUACCAUUUGGCACAAUUAACCAAAUCUGGGAAAUACACUAAAGACGAAGCUGCCGCUAUCAUUCAAUCAAGAUAUCGUGAUCAUCUUCUUCAACGAGAACGUCGGCAUAGUGUUGCGAAAAUUAAACACAUAUUACUAAAUAAUGAUGAUGAUAAUGACGAUGAUGAUGCGCGUGUAAAAGACGAAGCACUUGAUCCAAUCACUUCAUCAUUAUUAUUAUCAUCAGCAUCAUCGUGUCCUCUAAAUUCAAUACAAUCUUCUUUAAUUGACAGUGAAGAGAAAUCCUAUCAAGGUGAAGACAUAUCGCUAAACGAGAAAACUGAAGAAAUUUUCAAUUUAAUUGUUGGUGAAGACGAAAUUGGUGGAUUAGCUGAAGAACAAGAACAAGAACAACAACACGAAGUAGAAGCACAACCAGAAGCAGAAGCACAGCAAGAAGACGAAGAAGAAGAAGAAGAAGAGGUGAAGAAUUUGGAAUUGAUUAAACAAGAACCAGAGGAGAAUUUCAUUGAAGAACCUAUCGAAAAUAUUAAAGCUGAAGAUUUAAAUAGUUUGGAAGAGCAAACAGGUGAAAAGACACCUAUAAAAGAAGAAGAGCAAACAAGUGAGAAAACACCUAUAAAAGAGGAUGAGGAAAUCGAUGUGAAACCAUCUCAAAAUUCAGAUGCUGAAGGCUAA